AUGAGACUCUCUAUCCUCUCCGUCCUCUCUCUCGCUGGCGCCGGCAUGGUGUCCGCCCUCCCCCAGGAGUCCAACCUCUCUUUGAAGCGCUCGGAUUCUGCCGAGACUAGCAAGCCUGAUACCUCGGAAUGUGUCGGUCCUCUCCUCUGCUGUGGAACUCUCACCACUCCUCUCGAUCCCGUCGUCGACCCCCUCUUGUUGGUUCUUGGCAUUGAUGCUGCUAACAUCGUUGGAUCUAUUGGUCUUCUCUGCCGCCCAUAUGAUAAAUCUAGCUGUAAAACGGAGCCCCAGUGCUGCACUGAGGUCAACCUCUUGGGUGGCACCCUUGCCCUCGGAUGUGCGGAUCUGAAGAAAUAG